UUUCUGUCAGCACUCCAGGAUAUAAGAACAACACUGCAUGCUCUGUUUCUCCACAAUCUUUUUCAACAGAGCUAUCAAGAACACACAUCCUCUAAAACAGAAACAUCAAAGUACAUUGGUUUCCUUAAAGAAAAAGAGGUCUUCUAAAAGAGAUACGGAUGCAUUGACAUUUUGCAAAAAAUUAUUGAUCCUGAAGGACUGGUUUUUCAGGGGGUGAGAAACCGUGAAGAGCAAACAAACCUGCGAUGAGUCCCCUGAAUUCACCCUCCUUGUUUAACGCCACUAUUGUGCGUCCCGAAUUCUUUUACAUAAGCGGUUUUGCCGGUAUUCCCCACGCAAACUACUAUUAUGUUUUCUUGGGCUUUGUUUAUGUAGCGAGUCUACUAGGAAAUGCCUUUGUCAUGUUUGUGAUUUACACUGACCACAGUCUUCACACUCCAAAAUACAUUGUCGUUUUUAAUUUGGCUGUGACUGACUUGUGUGGAAGCACUGCAGUUGUUCCUCAGAUGAUUGACACCUUGCUGUUUAAAUCACAUUUAAUCUCCUACGAGGGCUGCUUGACUAAUAUGUUUUUUGUUUUUGGGUGUCUCAAUAUGCAGUCUUUCACCCUCAUGUUUCUGUCCUAUGAUAGAUUUGUUGCUAUAUGCUUUCCGCUAAGGUACUAUGAGAUUGUCACUAAUAAAUCAAUGUUGGUGAUCACAACCAUAUUAUGGAUUCUUUCAGGAAUGGUAAUUCUCAAAUCUCUGUUUGUUAUAAACAGACUGUCAUUCUGCAAAUCCAAUGUGGUAAACAGCUUUUUCUGUGAUCAUGGAGCCGUAACACUAUUGGCAUGCGAUGACAACAAUCCAAGUGCUGUGAUAAAUAAGAUGGAUUCGGUUUUAAUUCUCUGGGUUCCGGUACUGUUUAUCACAGGCACAUAUAUUUGUAUAGCCAGAGCGUUAUUUAAAAUUGCAGAUGCUUCUGAGCGCCUCAAAGCCAUGAAAACCUGCACCUCUCAUUUGAUCUUGGUGAGUGUGUUUUAUUUUCCUAUAUGCAUCACCUAUGCAAUGGGCUCAGCCAUACCACCAAAUGCCUGGAUCGUUAACAUGUCUCUGACCACUGUCUUGCCACCAAUGCUGAAUCCGAUCAUUUACUCUCUGAAGACAGAGGAAUUCACAGAAUCCAUUAAAAAGCUGUACAGAAGAAACAAGAUAAACUUUACUGUAAGUAAUAAAUGAAUAAAUGUUUUAAUCACAAAU